AUGAGUACCAUCAAGGCAGUUUUUUUUACGAAAUCGUUACAAAUAAUAGAAUUUGUUCUAGAUAACAUAGGGGGAGAUAUAAUAGUGGACUAUUACUUGCUGGGCAGCGGGCGCUACUCGGUGCCGCAGAUGUGCGCUUUGCACGAGAUGAAGAUGAACAACUUCUUGCAGGCGCAAUUCUUGAAGUGUGAAGCUGAGGGAAAACCAAGUCAAAUCUGCCUAUGCGAAUCAGGCAUCGACCCUGAGAAGUAUAGACACUGUGUCUUGACCAAGGGUAACUAUGCCAGUCGCGCAGCAGCCAAAUAUUCCCAAAUCGGUAUCGAAGCUAGUCCUAUAGUCGAGGUAGGGUACAAAAAUACAAUCUUUGGGGUCGAUGAUAGUUGGUAUUUGAAGAAAAUAUGCUCAAUGUUCGGUGACAACCCUCCACGAGGAUGCAUUAAGCCUUUCUCUUGUGAUAAUUCUACUAUAGUUAUCACUGAUAGAAAGGGUGUGGUAAAUUUUGAUUGUGACUGUGCAAAAUUGGACUUUAUUGCAAAAAAUCCAAGUGAAAUAGAUUUUGCUACUACAUCUACUACUACUAUUAAUCCAGAAGAGAAAUAUCCUUAGUACAGCAUAUACUCAUGAUGAAUAAUCAAUGAUAGAAAGUAUAUUUUAUUUUAAGUUUCUUACGUGUAAUCUUUUUGAUCAAUUAUAAUUGUA